AUGUCGAGUCGCCAGGCGGGUCACGAGCCUGGCCCUGUGGAAUCCGCCAUGAGGGAUAAGCUCAAUAAAUCCUUUAAUCCGAGUCUGCUGGAGAUCCAAAACGACUCGUCGAAACAUUCUCAUCAUGCACCGAUGAAAGCCAUAGGAGGAGGUUCAGGAGAGACUCACUUCUCCCUAACACUGGUAUCUCCCCAAUUUGACGGUCUGACAUCGAUCAAACGACAUAGGAUGGUGAAUAAUCUGCUGAAAGACGAAUUUGACGCUGGACUCCAUGCGCUGAGCUUGAAGCUCAAGACACCGGAGGAGUGGGACAAGGAGGCUGGAUCAAGGAGGUGA